AUGGAGGGAGAAGAGGGGCCAGGCGCCGCGGCGGCUGGGCCGCCGGCGGGCGGGGCCGGAGGAGGGGGAGGAAGUGUCAUGGCGGCGGCUGCGAGUGGGUCUGGUGGCGCGGGCUCGGCGGUGCGGGGUGGCGGCGCCUCUUUGUCGGCAUCGCGCUGGUUCUUCAGCCGGGAGCAGCUGGAGAGCACGCCGACCCGGCGCUGCGGGGUGGAGGCCGACAAGGAGCUCUCGUAUCGGCAGCAGGCGGCCAACCUCAUCCAGGACAUGGGCCAGCGCCUCAACGUAUCUCAGCUUACAAUAAAUACUGCAAUUGUUUACAUGCACAGGUUUUAUAUGCAUCAUUCCUUCACAAAAUUUAAUAGAAAUGGUGAAGGGAGUGGUCUCAAAGUGAAUAUAAUCUCUCCUACUGCAUUGUUUUUGGCUGCGAAAGUGGAAGAACAGCCACGAAAACUCGAACAUGUUAUCAAAGUAGCACAUGCCUGUCUUCAUCCUCAAGAGCUACAGCUGGAUACAAAAAGUGAUGCAUACCUUCAACAGGCCCAAGAACUGGUUAUACUUGAAACAAUAAUGCUUCAAACUUUAGGUUUUGAGAUUACCAUUGAACAUCCACAUACAGAUGUUGUGAAAUGUACGCAGUUAGUGAGAGCAAGCAAGGAUUUGGCACAGACAUCCUAUUUCAUGGCUACCAACAGCCUGCACCUUACUACCUUCUGUCUUCAGUACAAACCCACAGUGAUAGCAUGUGUGUGCAUUCAUUUGGCAUGCAAGUGGUCCAAUUGGGAGAUUCCUGUAUCGACGGAUGGAAAGCAUUGGUGGGAAUAUGUUGAUCCUUCAGUUACUCUGGAAUUGCUAGAUGAGCUCACACACGAGUUUCUGCAAAUAUUAGAGAAAACGCCUAGCAGACUGAAGAGGAUUCGUAAUUGGAGGGCUAAUCAGGCUGCUAAGAAACCGAAAGGAGAUGGACAGGUAUCUGAGAAUUCUCUUCUUGGUUCAUCUUUGGUCCAGAAUUCCAUUUUGGUGGAUACAGUUACUGGUGUAUCUGCCAACACAAGCUUCCAAAAAUCAUCGACAUCGACCUUUCCUCCACCAGUACCUCUGAACUCAGGGAGUAUGUCUGUUCAACACAGUCAUGCACCUGAAAACUUGGCAAUAUUAGCUACAGGAAUGCCAAGUACCUCAUAUAGUUUGGCAUCACACCAGGAAUGGCCUCUACAUCAAGAACAAACAAGGACCGAACAAAUAUAUUCUCAGAAACAGGAAACUACGUUACCUGGUAGUCAAUAUAAUCUGAACUUCCAAUCAGGAACUUCUGUACAAUUGCAUUCUGGGUUACAUCACAGAUCUGACAAACUUACUGAGCAUUCCACUGGUAAACAAGACUAUGCUCACAAGUCAGGAAACAAACACCAUGGACAGGUUGCUGCUCCUAUAAUUCCUCAGAAAAUGUCCUUGGAUAAAUACAGAGAGAAACGCAAACUAGAAACCCUUGAACUGGAUGUAAGGGAACAUUAUGUAGCUACCCAAGUAGAACAGCAACAUAAAAAGCACAUCCAACCACAAGCAGCCAGUAGCAGUUCUGUUACUUCCCCUAUUAAAAUGAAAAUUCCUGUUGCAAAUGCAGAGAAACCAGAAAAACAUUUGUCUGAUAAAAAAGAAAAGGGUGGAUCACUCAAACUGCGAAUACCAAUCCCACCUACAGAAAAGAGUUCCAGUAAAGAAGAUCUGAAAAUGAAAAUUAAAGUUUCUUCAGAAAGACACAGCUCAUCAGAUGAGGGCAGUGGAAAAAGCAAACACUCAAGUCCACAUGUUAGCAAAGAUCAUAAAGAAAAGCACAAAGAACAUUCUUCAAAUCGCCAUCACGGUAGCAGUCACAAGCAUUCACAUAGUGGUGGCAGUAGUAGUGGCGGCAGUAAACAUAGCACUGAUGGAAUAACACCAACUGUUUUGAGGAGUCCUGUUGGCCUGAGUAGUGAUGGUAAUUCCUCUAGUUCCGGCUCUUCAAGGAAGAAGUUGCACAGCAAUGAUGCUUCUCACAACCACCACUCCAAAUUGAGCAAAAGUUCCAAAAGUUCAGGUAGUUCAUCUAGUUCUUCCUCCUCUGUUAAGCAGUAUGUAUCCUCUCACAACUCUGUUUUUAACCUUCCCUUACCCCCUCCUCCCCCUGUCACAUACCAGGUGGGCUACGGACAUCUCAGCACCCUCGUGAAACUGGACAAGAAGCCAGUGGAGAACGGUCCUGAUGCCAAUCACGAGUACAGUACAAACAGCCAGCAUAUGGACUACAAAGAUACAUUCGACAUGCUGGAUUCGCUGUUAAGUGCCCAAGGAAUGAACAUGUAAUCAAUUGUUUAGGUCACUUUUCUUUACUUUUUUAAUUUAAGAAUUGUUAGAAU